CACACCACACAUCACACCAUGAUCGGCAUGAUCUACCGAUAGAUUAAAUUGUUAAAGGUAUAAUAUAUGAUUAUUUAUUACUUAAAUGUUGAACAUUGUUUUCAUUAAUCAUUAAGUAACUUUAUUUUAUUCGUGACACAACUCUGCAACUAUCAUGAAUUUGGUGCCUGAGAAAAACAGCGAUUUCAGUACAACGGAGUAUUGGGAUUCCUUUUUUACAAAACGUAAAACUACUUUCGAAUGGUACGGUAAUUAUGAAAAUUUAAAACGUUUACUCACCAAAUACAUUAGUGCUAAAGAUGUCAUAUUGAUGUCGGGAUGUGGAAAUUCUGAUCUUAGUUUAAACCUAUACUCGGAUGGGUUCGUCAACAUGACUAGUGUAGAUAAUAGUGAAGUUGUUAUUGCCAAUAUGAAUAAAAAACAUAAAAACAAAUACCCAGGACUAGUUUACGAAAUUGAAGAUAUAUUAAAUACCAAGUAUGCCAAUGAAAAGUUUAGUGCCGUUAUUGACAAAGGAACACUAGAUGCUUUGAUGCCAGAUGGUGAAGUAGAAUCUCUUACACGUGCAAUGAAAAUGUUUAACGAAAUCAAAAGAAUAUUGAAAUUUGGAGGACGAUAUAUUUGUGUAUCGCUUCUUCAGUACCAUAUUGCCCAGUUUUUAUUUUCCUAUUUCAGUGAAAAUGGUUGGAUAAUUCGUGUGUGCCAAUGCACAGAAGUUGAAGACUCGCCAGAUUUCAAUGGUCAACCAGUAUUUAUGGUUGUCUGCACUAAAGUAAAUAAAAUACCCGGAGCUAAUCCAAUUCUUGAGUGGAAUCCAGAUGGACUUACAAAUGAAAGGUUAGAUUCUAUAAAUGAUCUUUUAGAAAUUGUUAUUGAUACACAAAAAUCUGUUUCAAUGUGUUUUGAUCUCACUAAAUGUCAAAUGGAAGACAUGUCAAAUAAUUAUCGAUUUGAAAUAAAUUGUUCCCAAACAAAAAAACCUCGUUAUACAAUUAUGAUUGUUGAAUCUCCUACACAAAAAAAUCCAAAUAAAAUGACUUUUGCAGCAUUCAUUGUUCCUCAUGGUCGAGAACACGAGUGGCUGUUUAGCAGCGAAGAAGGACAAGAUAUACUACGACGAAAUUGUAAUGUAGAUCGCUUAGCUAUUAUUAGUAUGCACCGAGGACAGAUCUAUAAAAAUUUAAAACAAGUACAGCAAGAACUAUCAAGACUUAUGUUGAAAAUAGCACCGCAAGGUGUCAUAAAACGUGGUGAAACUAUAUUAUUUUUAUCAUUAGAACAACAACUUGGAGACCGAAAAAUCAUUAUGGAAAGCAAAAGUGAACAUUCUGGAAAUUUUGUGAUAGAAGAAGUAAUUGGGCAAAAAGACGAAACUUUUAGACGUUUAGUAUUCCUUAACAUGCCUCAUAUCAUUCAAUCAGAAACAAAAUUAUUGACUGAAAAUGGUAAGACCAAAAUUGAUUAUUCCCAUUUCCUCAGCGAUUACAUACCAUAUUUGGGCCUUGGUGUGGGCGUUACAGCAAAUCAAUUAAAUAAAGAAUCUAAAAUCCUUUUAAUUGGUUUAGGUGGAGGUAUACUUACUAAUUUGUUGUUAAAUACUUAUAAAAAUGUAAAUAUUGUUGCUUUAGAAAUAGAUCCAAUUGUAUAUAAAAUAGCCAAAGAAGCUUUUGGACUAAUAGAGGACAGUAGAUUAGAAGUGAACAUUUGUGAUGGUCUCGAGUAUUUAUGCAGUGCUGUCAAAAAUAAUGAUAAAUAUGAUGCAGUAGUGUAUGAUGUUGAUGUUAAAGAUCCAACAUUGGGAUUAAGUGGACCGCCAAAAACUUUUUUGAAACAAGAUAUACUGAAUAACGUAAAAAGUUUAAUUGGAGAAGAAGGUUUAUUUUUAUUAAAUUUUGUCUGUCGGGCAUCUGAUGUUAAAGCUGAAAUUUUAAAUGUUAUGAAGACUAAUUUUAAACAACUAACAUCAUUAAAGAUUGCUGAAGAUAUUAAUAGAGUGUUGUUAGCAAGUAAUAGUGAUAAGACAUUUGAUAUACACCUCUUGGAACAAACUGCUACAUACAUGAACGAAUGCACCAAAAGUAAUCCACUCAUUGCUUGCGAUGUGAUUGAUAUUUCUGCAUUGAAGGAAAGUAUUGAAGAUAUUUAAAGUUCUAGUAUUUUAUAAAUGCUUUAUUUUUUCAUACUCAAUUUACUAAGUACUAUUUAAGUUUAUAUAAAUAAUUUAAU